CUCGCCAGGCCGGGAUCGGGGCGGGGCGCGCGGCAUCCCCGCGGGGGGAGCCGGUCACCCGGUCUCGCCGCCGCCACCAAAGUUUCCCGGAGGAGCCGCGGCCGCCCUUCCUUCCCCGGCCCCGGGCUUGGAGGCGACCCUCGGGCGAGAACUGUUUCCGAGGGCGACGGGGCCCCCUCUCCAGCUAGAUCCCGCGCCUCCAUUGCGCCCAACUCGGAUUCCCAACUUGGGAGGCGCCGCGGGCCUGCGCACGCGCGCCUUCCUCGCUGCGGCCGCCGCCGCCUCCACCUCCUCCCGCCCGGGAGCAGGCUCCGGGCCGAGCCGCGCGCCGAGACUCGCCCCCCGCGCGCCGCCCUCCGGCUCGCGGUCCGCCGCCCCCGCCCAUGCGGACGCCGGCCGACCGCCCGGUGCGCUCUCGCCCGAGGGCCAGCUGAGUGCGGACCGCCGGCGGCGGCGCGAGGUGGGCCCGGCCCGGCGCUGCCCUCGACAGCGGCAAGUUUGGGAGUUGCACUAGUUUGCGGGGUCGGGAAGAGGCCGGCCAGGGGGCCAUGGAGGAGGACCGGGGGUCGUCGCUGGCGGCCGAGUCGGCGCUGGAGAAGAACGUGGCGGAGCUGACUGUCAUGGACGUGUACGACAUCGCGUCGCUCGUGGGCCACGAGUUCGAGCGGGUCAUCGACCAGCACGGCUGCGAGGCCAUCGCGCGCCUCAUGCCCAAGGUCGUGCGUGUCCUGGAGAUCCUGGAGGUGCUGGUCAGCCGCCACCACGUCGCGCCCGAGCUGGAUGAGCUGCGCUUGGAGCUGGACCGUCUGCGCCUGGAGAGGAUGGACCGCAUCGAGAAGGAGCGCAAGCACCAGAAGGAGCUGGAGCUGGUAGAGGACGUGUGGCGAGGGGAGGCACAGGACCUCCUUUCUCAGAUCGCCCAGCUGCAGGAGGAGAACAAGCAGCUCAUGACCAACCUCUCGCACAAAGAUGCCAACUUCUCCGAGGAGGAAUUCCAGAAGCACGAAGGCAUGUCGGAGCGCGAGCGGCAAGUGAUGAAGAAGCUGAAGGAGGUGGUGGACAAGCAGCGCGACGAGAUUCGCGCCAAGGACAGGGAGCUCGGUCUGAAGAACGAGGAUGUGGAAGCUCUGCAGCAGCAGCAGACCCGGUUGAUGAAGAUCAACCAUGACCUCCGCCACCGUGUGACAGUGGUAGAGGCCCAAGGGAAGGCCCUGAUUGAACAGAAGGUGGAACUAGAGGCAGAUCUGCAAACCAAGGAACAGGAGAUGGGCAGCCUGCGGGCAGAGCUUGGGAAGCUGCGAGAGAGGCUGCAGGGCGAACUCAGCCAGAAUGGAGAGGAGGAGCCUGAGACAGAGCCGGGUGGAGAGGAGUGCGUCUCGGAGGCGGAAAAGGUGGCCAUGGAUCUCAAGGACCCCAACCGCCCCCGGUUCACACUGCAGGAGCUGCGGGACGUGCUCCACGAGAGGAACGAACUCAAGUCCAAAGUGUUUCUGUUGCAGGAGGAGCUGGCGUACUACAAGAGUGAAGAAAUAGAAGAGGAAAAUCGAAUACCCCAACCUCCAGCAGUGAUCCACCCGAGAAUAUCCCCCCAGCCAGAGUCCGGGAUCAAGCGACUGAUCUUUACAGCCGUAUUGCCCAUGGUAGCAGCUGGACUGAUCUUAGAUGACCCCACCCUGCAGCCCAUCCGAAGACUUGUUUCCCUUGUAGGCACUGGGUUUUUGUGGGUUGGUUUGGAGCUGUGUCUUUGCAAUGUGUGCUGCGGCUCUGCUGAGGCUGGCCCGCCUUCCUUGGCCACUUUAGCUGCAUGGCCGUCACCUGCGUGUUCCCAUCUGAAGUGGGUGUCGAGUGUGAUUUCAGACGUGCCCUCAUGAGGCUCUUGACCUGCACGAGCAAAGCCGUGGCGUUCUCGGCCCUGUCACCGAUAAUUCUCUUUGUCUUUUUUUUUUUUUUUCUUUCUGUUUCCAUUCUAAAAACCACCUUGUCCAUGAUGCAGUAAAGAAGGUCCUUUAAGUGACGGGUCAGUAGUCAACACCCACUGUGACCCCCGCACCGCCCCCCGGAGUGACACUAACGCUGUUUCUGACCUUCACGCCCUAGCUUUCUAAACCGCUUU